AUGGGCUCAAAAAGAAAUGUAGCUUCAAAACACCAUGAUAUCAGCACCCAGGAAAUUCUCUUUGCAGCUCUUUUUGUCAUAUUGACAGUGAUCUGUGCUGGAAUAAUUGCAGUGUGUUGGCUGGCAAUAGAUGGAUCAGAGACAGAUUCAGUGUUUGAAGAAAGCCAUGAAGCCAGAGGGACUUUCACAAUAACAUCAGGAGCUACGUAUAGUCCUACUUUACAAGAUGAAGAGUCAAUGGAUUUCAAAGUCCUUGCUUUUGAUCUUCAGCAAAUGAUGGAUGAUAUCUUUCAGUCAAGUAAUCUGAAGAGUGAAUUCAAAAACUCGAGAGUUUUACAAUUUCAAAAUGGCAGUGUCAUAGUCAUCUUUGACCUUUUUUUUGCCCAGUGGGUGUCAGAUGAAAAUGUGAAAGAUGAGCUGAUUCGAGGCAUUCAGGCAAAUAAAUCCAGCCAACUGACUGCUUACCGUAUUGAUUUGAACAGCAUCAAUAUCACCGCACCUUUAGAGGAUUUCUCUACAGUUAGGCCUGCAACAACUUCAGGACAUGUCUCCGUGGAGUGUCUCCCUGGUUCAAGACUGUGUGCUGAUGGUCUAAAUUGCAUAGCAGAUGAUUUAUUUUGUGAUGGAGAAUUAAACUGCCAAGACGGUUCUGAUGAAGACAGUAACAUUUGUGCCACUGUUUGUGAUGGACAAUUUUUGUUAACUGAAUCUUCUGGGUCUUUUGGGGCUGACCAGCAUCCAAAUUCUUCUGGAUCGAGCGUUGUUUGUCAGUGGAUUAUACAGGCAAACCAAGGACUAUCUAUUAAACUGAGCUUCGAUUCUUUUAAUACGUUUUAUACAGAUGUGCUAAACAUUUAUGAAGGUGUAGGACCAAACAAGAUUUUAAGAGCUUCCCUUUGGGAAACAAAUCCUGGCAUAAUUAGGAUUUUCUCCAACCAAGUUACUGCUACCUUUCUUAUAGAUUCUAAUGAAAAUGAUUUUGUGGGUUUUCAUGUAACAUACAAUGUAUUUAACAGCAGUGAAAUUAACAAUUAUGAAAAAGUUAACUGUACCUUUGAGGAUGGCUUUUGUUUCUGGGUCCAGGAUCUAAAUGACGACAAUGAAUGGGAACGAGUUCAGGGAAGCACUUACCCUCCCUUUUCCGGACCAGAUUUCGACCACACUUUUGGCAAUGAUUCAGGAUUUUAUAUUUCUACCCCAACUGGACCAGGAUCAAGACAAGAAACAGUGGUGCUUUUAAGUCUCCCAUUAGAUCCUGUUUGGGAACCAGUCUGCCUUAGUUUCUGGUAUUAUAUGUAUGGUGUAAAUGUUUAUAAAUUUAGCAUUAAUAUCACCAGUGACCAAAAUACAGAGAAGACAAUUUUCCAAAGGCAAGGAAAUUAUGGAGAAAAUUGGAACUAUGGGCAAGUCACAAUAAAUGAAACAGUGGAAUUUAAGAUUGCCUUUAACGGUUAUAAAAAUCAGUUAAUGAGUGACAUAGCACUUGAUGACAUUAGUCUAACACAAGGCGCUUGUAAUGAGAGUCUUUAUCCAGAGCCAACUUUGGUCCCAACUCCUCCACCAGAACUUCCUACUGACUGUGGGGGACCUUUUGAACUGUGGGAGCCAAAUACAACUUUCAGUUCCACGAACUUCCCAGAUGAGUACCCUAAUCAGGCCUUCUGUGUUUGGUAUUUAAAUGCAGAGAGUGGAAAAAAUAUACAGCUUCAUUUUCAAGAGUUUGACUUAGAAAAUAUCGAAGAUGUGGUUGAAGUGCGAGAUGUUGGCGAAGAUGAUUCCUUGCUCUUAGCUGUGUACACAGGCUCCGGUCCAGUAAACGAUGUGUUCUCCACCACCAACAGAAUGAUGGUUCUUUUCAUAACUGACACAUCGGUGGCAAGAGGAGGAUUUAAGGCAAACUUCACUACUGGCUACCACUUGGGGAUUCCAGAGCCCUGUCAGGAAGACAGUUUUCAGUGUGAAAAUGGAGAGUGCAUUCCAUUAGUGAAUCUCUGUGAUGGUCACCCACACUGCACUGAUGGCUCAGAUGAAGUACAAUGCGUGCGUCUUAUCAAUGGCACAACAAACUAUGAUGGUUUGGUACAGUUCAGGAUCCAGAGUGUAUGGCACAUAGCUUGUGCUGACAACUGGACGACCCAGAUUUCAAAUGAUGUUUGUCAGUUGCUUGGACUAGGGAGUGAGAACUCAUCAAUACCAAUCUCCUAUACUGGACCUGGACCAUUUGUGAAAUUAAGCACAUCACCUAGUGGUAGCUUAACAACAACACCAAGUUCACAGUGUUCACAAGAUUCCUUGAUUCUGUUACAAUGUAACCGUAAAUUGUGUGGGACAAAACUGGUGGCUCAAGGUGAUCGUCCAAGGAUUGUUGGAGGGACUGAUGCCAGAGAAGGGGCCUGGCCGUGGGUCGUUGCCCUGUCCUACAAUGGUCAGCUGCUCUGUGGUGCAUCUCUGGUCAGCAAUGACUGGCUGGUGACCGCUGCUCACUGUGUCUAUGGGAGAAAUAUGGAGCCAACUAGAUGGACAGCAAUCCUAGGACUACACAUGACAUCGAAUCAGACUUCUCCUCAUGUGGUAACUCAGCGGAUAGACGAAAUUGUCAUUAGCCCACAUUAUAAUGAACGGGCAAAUGAUGCUGACAUUGCCAUGAUGCAUCUUGAAGUUCAAGUGAAUUACACAGAUUAUAUACAACCCAUUUGCUUACCAGAAGAAAAUCAAAUUUUUCCUCCAGGAAAAAACUGUUCCAUUGCUGGCUGGGGGAGGCUUUUAUAUCAAGGUGUCACGGCAGAUAUAUUGCAAGAAGCUGUUGUUCCUCUUGUCUCGAAUGAGAAAUGUCAACAACAGAUGCCGGAAUAUAAUAUAACUGAAAAUAUGAUGUGUGCAGGCUAUGAAGAAGGAGGAGUAGACACAUGCCAGGGGGAUUCAGGAGGACCGCUAAUGUGCCAAGAAAACAACAGGUGGUUCCUUGUUGGUGUGACAUCAUUUGGAUACCAGUGUGCCCAGCCUAAUCGCCCAGGGGUUUAUGUGAGAGCCACGAGGUUCACAGAAUGGAUACAAAGUCUCCUUGAUUAG